AUGUGUCAAUGACCCAGAUAAUUACACCGGGCCACAGAAUUGCUCAUGGAUAAUGAAACAUUGUUUUAAUUUAACCACUUGUGGAUAUAGCAAACCAAAGGAAUGUCCAAAACUAUAUCCUAUUCCUCCUGGUGGACUGAUUAAAGGGAAUAUUAACAAGACAUUAUUUCAUGAUGUGAAUCUAGUGAUGACACAUGUAUCAUACAAUAUUUCCAACAUCCUAUCUGCUUAUAUCAAUCACUGUGAUUACAAUGAUAAGACCUAUGCAUGGCUACAGUCACGAAUCGAUGAUUUAAUUUAUGACUACAAAAACAGACUUGCCGUGCAAAUCUCACCUGCACGCUCAAAACGAGACCUGCUCGGAAACAUAGCAGGUCUCUUCGGCUCAGUUAAUUCCAUUGCUAACAACUACAAAAUUACCAAACAAUCACAAUUCUCAACAUGGUUUGCGAACCAGGUGGCCACUGGUUUUCAACAUAUCACAAAUAGCAAUGAAAAUAUCAUAAAAGCGGUUCGAUCCGAAGCGCAGGCGCUUCUUGCGAUCAGCCACACAUUAUUCAAUCAAACCCGUACCAUUGAACGUGACUUAGCCUGUAGGACAUAUGCACAAGAUCUAUUCACUGCUGCUAGACAAGAAAUCCUAGAUCUUCGCCUGUACAAAACGCCUAGACAUGUUUUGAAUGACCUCAUAGACAUCUUAGAUCUACAUAGGUGGUAUGAAUCAGGAAAAAUGAAAAAUGUAAGAUAUUCUGAGUUACUAUCCACCAUAAUGAUGUUUACAGGAAAUGAAUGUAAUGGAUGUAUUGGAUUUUUCGUCAGUUUUCCUUUGAUACACCCAGAUCAGGUUUUUCCAAAUUCCACUACCAUACGCUCGAUUGGCGUGGUAGUGAAGGAUCAGGUAAUUAAAUGGGAUCACCUCACUGGAUACAUGACACAAAAGGGUACUGAGACCUUGUUUACCAGUCGCACAUGUUGCCAUGAAACACACAAUUAUGUUAUCUGUACAUGUAACACUUUGCAACCUUUCUCUCCCAACAACACCAAACUUAUUAAUGUUCAGUCACUGCAUGGUUAUUCUGAUGUUGUCCAGGUGUCUCACACACAGUGGUGCGUUGUCAGUGAAAUUAAUUCCUUUACCUACGGAGGACUGACCUGCUCUGCUAAUCACUCGUUCUGUUCGGAAGUGACAGAGGACCUUUCAAUGGGCCAAGUCAACAUUUUAGGAAGAAUGCCACUGGACACAGAGACCUCACCAUGGUGGGAUGACACUUUCUAUGAGCAAGGCACCCAAGCUGUGGUUGACGCGAUGGACCUGACACAAAGACUGAUCCUGCAAACUGAAUACCACCUAAACCAAGCACAGGUUGAAACCAACCUGGCACGAAAGACGGCACAACUUUUAUCCAGUUCAUCCACUCGGUCAGCACAGUACACCUACACCUGGUGGGACUGGAUGUUCCGGGGAUGUGCCAUUGGCAGUGCCCUGAUCUUCACAUUCACCAUGCUCCAGUGCUGUUACUUCAGACACCUCAUAAGAUCUACACAAGAAUCCACACACGCUGCCCUUGCCCUCAGCCCACUGCAGAUACCCGUGUUCCAAAGACUCUAAAAAAUAAAUAAAUAAAU